GACCCUACCAGACAUUACGGUAGCCUGCAAUUGCACGAAGUCUCUACUGCCACUCAGCGGCUGAAGUGAACCCGCGCCUGAGUAACUGUGAGGAGAUCAAAGGUAUUGGACACCUGCGUCCAGUACUCCGUAGUAAUGUCUAAGUGGCUGAAUGAUGGUGAAGUCCUGGUGGGUCAAGGCAGCGGGGAGGCAGUGCCAGCCAGUCCACGACUGCGCAGCCUACCAGCUGGGAGCCCCAGGCCGAGUCGGGGACGCAGUCCGCUGGUUUCGCCGCGCACCAGGGAAGCGGUGCCGUUAAGCCCACAGGCAGAGACGAUGGGCAAGGCCAGAGAGCUGUUUCUCCUGUGCGAUAAAGAGGGGAAAGGGUUCAUCACAAAACGGGAUAUGCAGAGGCUGGAGGGAGAGUUGCCACUGUCCCCUGAACAGCUGGAGACAGUGUUUGAAAGUCUGGACCGAAAGAGUAAUGGAUUCCUCACUCCUAUUGAAUUUAACACAGGGCUUGGCGAGUUGGUUGGGCUGGAAGAGACGACUGAGCUAAGUCAAGAGGAUACAGAAGAGGAUGUGGAUGGGGUGGACUGGUCCCAGGACCCCACUGCAGCCAGAUUCGAAAGCAUACUAAUGGAGCUCGGUGCCGACAAACUUUUCAAAGAUCAACAGGAUCUACGUUCCCUGUGGUGUGAGCUCCAGAGAGACAGGCCGGAGCUGCUGACUGUCCUGGAGGGGGUCCUGGUCCACGCCGUGUCCCAUUUACAGGACACCAUCAGAGAAAGAGACAGCCUAGAACAAGUUCUACGCAGACGGGAGACUGAACAUGAUGAGAUUGUUCGGUCCAUAUAUGAAGAAAUGGAAAACCAAAUCAGAGAGGAGAAGGAGAAACGCUUGGCGGAGGACAGUAUUAAACUGAAGCAGAGAGGGGUACAGCUAGAAGAGGAGCUGAGGAUGCGUGAGCAAGAACUGGAGAACAUGAUGAGCAAACACAAAGAGCUCGAGACCAGAAUCCGGCAGCUAGGCCUCGAGCAAGCAAACAUUAAGGAGCAGAACCUGCAGCUGAGGAGCCUCAACAUGCAGCUACAGGAGCAGGUGGAGAGCAGCAGAGAGCAGCUGGAGGACGCUCUGAGUCAACUCAACUCAAUACAGCACAGCGCUGCCGAGGAGCAAGUGGCCAGACAGAGAAACGUGAUGAAAGUAUCAAGAAACAUGAAGAAAGAGAAGGACAGUCUCUUGAGACAGCUGGAGAUACUGAGGGAUAUGAACAAAAUGCUGCGAGACGAGAAGGACGCCCAGCAGUCUCAGAAGAGGACUCCAAAUGCCUCAGUACCCUUGCAGAAGAAAGGGUCAGUCAUAGGUAACUACUUACUGCCAGACAAGCCCGUGAAAAGACAGCUGAGCUCUUCCGAUGAGUUGGAGCAGGACAAAAUGAGAGGGGUGACAAAUUCCUCCAAGAGGCACCAACGGUCAUGUAGAGACAGGUGUGAGGUUGUUGAACAGACCCAAACUCAGAGCAACACUGUCAAUCCCCAGCGAGUGUUCAAGGUGGUAUUUCUGGGUAACUCAGGGGUGGGUAAGACCUCCUUCAUCAGGCACUACUGCACAGGACACUUCUACAGUCAAAUGAGCACCACUGUUGGUAUAGAUUUUCAGAUGAAGACUUUAACUGUGGACUCCACCACCAUCACCCUGCAGCUCUGGGACACCGCAGGGCAGGAGAGGUACCGUAGCAUCACCGAACAAUACUACAGAAAGGCUGACGGCGUCCUUGCCAUGUAUGACAUAACUAACUCGGCCUCCUUCACCGCGGUGAGAGGCUGGAUAGACUCGGUUAAGGAGAAAAUGUGUGAAGGUGCCGUAAUGAUGCUGCUGGGGAACAAACUGGACGCGGCAGACGGUCACAGCAGAAAAGUGACAUCAAGAGAGGGGCAGAGGCUGGCAGAGCAGCACCAGGCUUUGUUUUAUGAGUGCAGUGCCAAGACUGGACGUAACAUGGACGAGCUCAUGACUCACCUGGCUGGGAUUUUGGUUACACUACACGAUCAACAAUGUCAAGGUGCACUUUCACUGACCGAGGACAAAGCUAGAAGAAGUUGCUGUACAUGAACAGCGGACGACUGAAAAGACUUGUUACUAAAAAACUUCCAGGCGUCCCGGUUCAGUGGAGCAAUGCUGUAUCCACGGCAACGCCGGCUCAUCGAGGUCCUGGGGUCACUCGUAUUAACUUGACAGCGUCGCCUUUCUGUGAAUACGUUUACUGAAUAAGUCGUUAUGUAACUUUUAGAAAACAUAAAGUGAAAUAUAUUUUUAAUGACUC